AUGAUUAUACCUCAAGAAGCGAAAAUAACUCCUUGUUGCCCUCUAAGAAAUUCUGUGUUCGUAGGAGGUCAAUUAACCGGCAAAAGCAGUCAAGAGAUAAAAGAUUUCAUCUCAACCAAAUUUUCAGUAGAUGUAUCUCACGUCCUCAAAACACUAAAUAAUCCGUAUGGACAUGCACAUUUUAAAACUGAGAAUGAUGCCGGGAUUUUUUACCAACGUGUUCAAGGGCAAGAAUUUGCUUUUUCUGACGGAACAAAGAUUUAUUUUCUACCUUCCAAAAUGACCGGGAGCAAUGAAUAUACGGUAUACAAAAUUGAGGAUGAAGCUUCAACUUCACAUCAAAAUAACCUUGUUACCACUCUUAUUACCCUUAAUGUUGGUGGAAUACUCUACACUACUACAAAAAGAACACUUUUAAAAAAAACGAAAUUCUUUUCGGAGCCUUUUAAAGAUUUUGAUCAUAAUGGAAACAUUUUUAUUGACCGAAAUGGCGAGUUAUUUAAAUAUGUUGAAUUUAUAAGAACAGAUGACUUGCCAAAAAGAACUCUGCGCGACAAUUUAUUACUUGAAGAAUUAUUAUUAGAAGCUAAAUUUUAUCAUAUCCAAGAACUGGCCGUUCAAAUCAAUAGGAUUAUUCAUGAUGUUGGAUAUCAAAGUUAUUACUGA